CAGUGCUCCACCAUCAUUUCCUCUCUCUCUCUCUCUCUCUCUCUCUCUCCUAUGCCCUGUUUCUGUUUCUAUAUGCAAUCUUUUCAUCUCUCUACUAACUAGCUAGUACUAUUUUUCUGUACCACCCAAAAGUCAGCGCCGUCCUCUGUGUUCAAUCUUUUCCUUAGCCCAUUUGCUCAAAGAGCUGUAAGAAAUAGAUAGAUUGGUUAUAAUUUCUAGGUAGAUUGGCUGCUCAAUGGCUGACUGGGAUCUGUACGCCAUAGUUAAGAGUUACACUAGCUCUAGCUCUGCCACAAACACUGCAGCAGCAGCAGCCACUUCAAACACCGAUGCGUGCGCCGGUCAAAAUGCCAAAGUUGGUGAGAACGAUUUGGAUUGUCUGGCCUCUUUGACUUUCGAAGAUGAAGACCCUUUCUCUUUUCCCAAUCUUGAACAGCCUAUAUACAAUGGAUGGCAAGAAUUGCAAAAUUCUUACAAGCCCUUUGUGCCUACCACCACCACCGGUGUUCAAAGUAAUAUUCCUACCUCUUUCGUUUCUGAUUUUGGAGGAUUUAGUUGCCAAAAUCUGCCUCAAUUUGCACAACAACAACAGCUGCAACUACACCAUCCUCCACCACCUCCUCCACCACCACCAACACCACCACCGCCACCACCACCCCCAUCCCCACCCCCACCCCCACCCCUACCCCUACCCCCAUCCCCAACCCCACCUCUCACUAAUAUACCCUUUGGCCUCCACUUCAAUCUUAGCCAGCAACAAUCUCAACAUGCACAGCAACAGCAAAAUCAACGGCGACAAUUGCACCCUCUGGGUCCUCAAAGGCCUGAGAUCAUUGCUCCUCUCCUUCCUUCCCGAGCCACUCAAUCAUCGGCCUCAAGAUCAAGGAAGAAAAAGAGACAUUUGAAGAGGCAGGCGAUGCAAGUAACAGCUGAGAGUCUCUGCAACGAUAUGUGGGCUUGGCGUAAGUAUGGACAAAAACCCAUCAAAGGCUCACCAUAUCCAAGGAACUACUAUAGAUGCAGCAGCUCCAAAGGGUGCGCAGCGAGAAAGCAAGUAGAGAGGAGCAAUACAGAUCCAAACAUGUUCAUCGUGAACUACACCGGUGACCACACCCACCCUCGUCCCAUACAUAGAAACUCACUCGCCGGGAGUACCAGAAACAAAUUCCUAAGCAACCAAAAGCCUGCUAACAAGAGAUCGGAGGAGCCAAGUGCUGGAAAGGCUCCCUGCUCGUCUCCCCUUUCGGCGACAAGUCUCUCUCCAACAACCCCACUGUCAGCUCCCAUCGAGCACGAGACAGCGAAUGAGAACAUCAAAAUUACACAGGCUGCAAAUAUGGAUGGAGCUGACUUGGAGAGCCAGGCAAUGGAAAGCGACAGUAAUGGUGAUGGUGACUAUUAUGAAGACGAGGAUGAUAUUCUGAUUCCUAAUAGGACCUUUAAUGAAGAUAUGUUUAAGGAUUUGCAAGAGUUGGGUACUGUAGGCGAAGGAGCUUUUGAUAAUUGGAAGAAGUAAUUGUUGAUGCUUAGGUCAUAAUCCGGACAACUUCUCCUCUUAGUUCGUCGGUAGCACAACCGCCAUCGGCAUUGACUGAUAAAUCUCUGAGAAAGCUGUUAUUUUUUUUUUCAAGGAAAAUGUUAUUGCAGUUCAAUCCUUUUUUAUUUUCUUUCCUUUAAUCUUAAAAAAAAGAAAGAAAGAAAGUUUGUAGGUAAAGACAACAGACAGGAAUAGAAACUAUAGAGUUUCGUGUAACUUUACUCUCUGGACUGGUAUAGAUAAUGUACAAAUACAAAGUGUUGGAAAGAACCUUUUCCUUCUCCAAACAAUGUAAUGGUUCUUUUUGUCCU